GCCUGAUACCCUGAAUCUCUCUCUUGAUACGGAGUGUCCAUGCUCCACGCCUUUCCCCUCCGCAUUUCACCCACUUGGCCAUUUACUUGCGAGGAGAGGCGAGUGAGCACAUCUUAGCCGACGUAACUCGGGACCACGGGUCUGAUUGUAUAUGAGCUCAGCAUUUCUACCUCGGUACUAGUACACGUACCUGCGGACUCUGACCAAGAUGAUGAUGCUCUUCUCAGACAUGAUGGCCUUGAUGCACUCUCCAUCCUUCCGUACCCUGUUCAGACACCUUGAGAAGCAAGCAUGGCACCCGGGCUGACCACAGUUGCGGCAGCUGUGGCCGGUGGCCUGGCCACGGCAGCAUAUCUCGAUGCCAAAUACCUGAUCAGACACGACCUCCAGGCGGGCACUUUGGCAGGGACCAAAGAUGCCAUCGAAUACAUCACUCAAAGAACCAAGCAGAACAAAUUGCUCGUAUACCACUUGAUUGAGGACCAUGCACUGGGAAAGAACGCAAACAACCUCUUCCUCAUAUUCGAAGACCGACGAUGGACAUACAAACAGUUCUACGACGACCUCCAACGCGUGGGAAACUGGCUGUUGAAAGAUUUGGACAUACAACCUCAGGAGAUCGUGGGUCUAGAUGGCGGCAACAGCCCCGAAUACCUACUUCUGUGGUUCGCUUUGGAGGCCAUCCGGGCGUGUCCAGCCUUCAUAAACUGCAACCUCACAUCUGCUCCUCUCACACAUUCGGUCAAACUCUCCGAUGCACGGUAUCUUCUCGCCGAUCGAGCAACCCAGCCUCUUGUACAGCCCUGCGAGGCCGAACUCUCUUCGGCCAACAUCAAGACGAUCUACUACGACGCGGACUCCAUUUCUUCACUACCCGACAAAACUCCGUUGCCCAGAUCUCGCCAGCAGGGCGCCAAACCCGACGAGACAACAAGCUUGAUCUACACCUCGGGCACGACAGGUCUGCCCAAGGGCGUCGUGAUGCGACGAGGCCGUGAACUCAACACCGCACGCAGUGUCGCACUGUACCUCAGACUCAAGCCCAAAAACCGAAUGUACACCUGCCUGCCCCUGUACCACGGGGCCGCCCACGGGCUGUGCAUGACACCGAGCAUCUACGCCGGCUCCUGCGUCGUCCUGUCGCGAAAGUUCAGUCACAGGACAUUCUGGCCCGAAGUGCGGUCCUCGGGCGCGGACAUACUACAGUAUGUCGGGGAACUGUGUCGGUACCUGGUGAACGCGCCGCCGUCGCCUCUCGACCGCCAACACAAUGUCAGAAAGGCAUGGGGCAACGGCAUGCGGCCCGACGUGUGGGAAGUGUUUCGCGAGCGGUUCGGCAUCGAGACGAUCAACGAACUCUACGCGGCCACCGACGGGCUCGGGGCGUGUUUCAACGAGAACCGCGGCGAGUUCGGCCGCAACGCACUCGCCAUCCGCGGGCCCCUCUGGCGGUACUGGAACGGCGCCAACGAGAAGCGCGUCCGCAUGGACGUCGACUCGGGCGAGGUGGUGCGCGACGGGAACGGCUUCGCGGUCGAGGUCGGGGUCGACGAGCCGGGCGAGGUGCUGCACCGGAUCGACCCGACGACGGCGUCGUUCACGACGUACUACAAGAACGACGGGGCGUGGGAAAAGAGGCAGCUCCGCGACGUCUUCGGCAAGGGCGACUGGUGGUUCCGCAGCGGCGACAUGAUGAGGCAGGACCCGCACGGCCGCGUCUACUUUGUCGACCGGCUCGGCGACACGUUCCGGUGGAAGAGCGAGAACGUGUCGACCAACGAGGUCUCGGACGUGCUGGGCCGCUCCGACCAGAUCGCCGAGGCCAACGUCUACGGCGUCAUGGUCCCUCGCACCGACGGCCGCGCCGGCUGUGCCGCCAUCGUCCCCGCGCAGGGCGUCGCGGCCGACGCCCUCGACCUGGCCGCCCUGGCCGCGUACGCCAUCAAGGUGCUCCCGCGCUACGCCGUGCCCAUCUUCCUGCGCGUCGUCCCGCAGCUCGAGUACACGGGGACCAUGAAGCUGCAAAAGGGCAGGCUGCGCGCCGAGGGCGUCGACGUCGACAAGAUCCGCCAGUCCAGUCCCGACGACCGCAUGUUUUGGCUCCCUCCGGGUGGUGACAGGUACGUCGAGUACGGUCCGAAAGAGUGGGAGGAUCUCAAGGCCGGGAAAGUGAGGUUGUAGAAACCGAAAAUGAUCUCGUGGUUCCUAUAUACGGAGUAUAUAUACACAUAUACGUACACAGGGGCGGUCCCGGGAGGCGAGUGCCCAGGGAGACAGGUAGAGUAGAAAUGAAAAGAC